AUGGCCAUUACACGGUUCUCCGUUGUUACUCUCAUAUUCUUCGUACUUUCCAUCACUUUUGUGAUAUACCCCGUCGACAUUCGUUUCCGGCAGCGUCGUUUAUCCAUAAACCUCACCACUGCACCUAUCCUUGCCAUCGCCAUUCUGUGGGCUGCCCAAUGUCUGGGCCCUGCUCAGAUCCGGGAUGGAAUCGUUGGAACUGACGGCGUCAAACCCUACAACAUCCUUAUUUUGUUCUUCUCCCUUGCGUAUAUGGCGAUAACCCUCGACAUUAGUGGGGCACUGCAAGCAACGGCAUUCUGGGUCUCUAAUAAAGGCGGGACUAACGGAAGACGACUAUACUUCUAUUUUUACGUGAUGCUCACGCUCUUGGGCAUCUUGUUGGGCAACGAUCCAGUCGUUCUCUCGGGGACUGUUUUUCUCGUGUACUACACCCACGCUGUCGACCUAGAGCCAUUCCCAUGGAUUAUGGCCGAGUUCGCUGCAGCGAAUACUGCCAGUAUGGUCCUUGUUGUCGGGAAUUUGACCAACGUCGUUGUUUGUGAAGGCUUUUCAAUCAACUUUGCCGCACUCACGCUCUACACAAUCCUCGUUUUCCUUGCAUGCACUGUCGUCUGCUACCUCGUGUUGGCCUACCAGUUCAGAGACGAGCGCCACGUACCCAAGCGGAUGAAACCUAUUCCCAAAUUCGACGUCCGCGGCGCGAUUCGGGACCCCGUGUCUGCAGCUGUCGGUACUGUCUUGCUCUUCUCGUGCAUUGUGGUUAUCAUGGUCGUCAGCUUUUUCAAAGUGGAUGUGUGGAAGAUCACGUUGCCGUUUGCGGUAGCCAAGUUUUUAUUUGAUCUGGUAUGGGACUACGGACGGUCGCACAAGAAGACGGGCUUAAAGACAAACCAAGAGGAGCCAAAUAGAGACUUCGAAAAGAGAAUAACGCCCGCAAUUACGGAGCCUUCGAAGGGCACGCUCCUGCAAAUGGAUUAUGCACUGGCAUCGGUUAAAAGAACGUUUCCGACAGCUUGUACUGCCCUUCCACGGCUCCCAUUUGCCCUGGCGCCAUUCUCGUUCUCGCAGUUCAUCCUUAUCGAGGCGCUGGACCACCAAGGCUGGAUUGAUGUCUUCGGACACUGGUUGGCACGCACAACACGGGACCAGAUCCAUCCUACUAUCUGGCUUGUCGGGGUCCUGGGGAUAAUAUUGUGCAAUGUGGCGGGCACAAAUAUCGGCGCAACCAUCCUUCUUACCAAGAUCGUCCGCGCAGCCUCGUUGUCGGCCAACACUACCCGUGCCGCGGGUAUCGCACUCGCACUGACCAGCAACAUCGGCGCAGUCAGUGCGACUUUCUCCGCCAGCUUGGCGGGCUUGUUGUGGCGGUCGAUUUUGAAACAGAAGCAGAAGCAGAUUGCGAAAGAAGAAGCUCGGCUGGCAAGGGAAAGCGGAAAAGAGGAUGUAGCCUCGUUUGCUCAGAGGUUGGAGCUCAGCCAGAGUGCCUUUGCGCGGUGGAAUGCGCUCCCGCUGCUCGUGAUGACGGUUGCGGGCCUUGGUGUUGUUUCUUUGGAGAUGCUGGUGCUGUAUUAG